CAUGUUAAGAAACGAGGGGAAAAAACAGAAAGAAGCAGAAGCCUUAACCAUUCAUUGUUUUGUUUCCUGAGACCACGUUCCAUGGCAUGCUCUCCUUCUGCAACGCUUUUGUCAAAUUCUCUUCACCUUAACAAAACAACGAGUCUGUGUCGGCUGCAUGUACAUCCCACUCUUCCACCAAAACAAAACCUUCGAAUAUAUUCUAAGAAUAUAUUCAGACUCUCAACAACACUACACCGUGUAACGAACAUACCCUUUGCUUCUGCUUCUGCAGGAGUUGAGUCUGCCGCAUUGAGUGAGGAUACCAUGAGUUCAUUGGAUUCGGUGAAAGUGUUUGAUUUGAGUGGAAACGGGAUUCCAAUUUCUGACUUGUGGAAAGAUAGGAAAGCCGUUGUGGCAUUUGCACGCCAUUUUGGGUGCGUGCUUUGCCGCAAAAGGGCUGAUUAUCUUGCAUCCAAGAAGGAUAGAAUGGAUGCAUCUGGUGUGGCACUUGUGUUGAUUGGACCUGGGAGCAUUGAUCAGGCUAAAGCCUUCGCUGAGAAAACAAAAUUUGAAGGAGAAAUCUAUGCAGACCCCACUCACUCAUCAUACGAGGCCUUUAAAUUUGUUUCUGGAGUUUUAACCACAUUUACCCCCAAAGCAGGUCUUAAAAUAAUACAAUUAUAUAUGGAUGGUUAUCGACAAGAUUGGAAGCUUUCAUUUGAAAAGGACACCGUUACCAAAGGAGGCUGGAAGCAAGGAGGAAUUGUAGUUGCAGGUCCAGGUAAAAAUAACAUCUCAUACGUGCACAAGGAUAAAGAAGCAGGGGAUGACCCUGAAAUCGAAGAUAUCUUAAAAGCAUGUUGCUCUUGAAGAAAGGAUGGAAUACGCCGUGCCGGUCCUUUCCCCUGCUUAUCUUGCUUCGUUAAGUGUGUACUCCCUGCACAAGGCAUUCUACAUCAUCAUAUUUAGCUGCUUCUUUAGCUGAACAGUAGCUCUUCUUUGAGGCUCAGUUAUAUGCUAACUUUUUAACCCGCAAUACACCAAAUGAAAGCUCACAAUUUGUAAACUAUUACUAUUAAGCUCUUAAUUUAAUAUUCUAUCGUUUAUUUCGAAAUCUUGUAUAUAAUAUUUUUUUCCAUUCCAAGAAAAAUCCAUUCCCUUUUUGGCUACCAGCAUUGUGGAUUAUUCUACCUGGUGAGAGGCCUGAAACGCGCAAUUCUGUUUUCUUCUUGCAGAUGGAAUGGAAACAUUGGCCU